AUGCAGGGACUAGUAAACAAAGAAGAUGACGAAGAUGUUUUGGAAGCAAGAAGGAUUCGCAUUGAUGAAGAUGUACAGAAGAAAUUUAGUGAGAGGAAGUGGGUUUGGAUUCCUAACGAAAAGGAUUCGUAUGCAGGAGGAUAUAUUGUGAAGGAGUCUGAGGACGGAGUGAAGGUGGAUUGUGGUGGGGUGAUAGUUGAAUGUAGAAGCAAGGAUGUGUUUAGGAUGAAUCCGCCGAAGUUUGACAUGGUUGAGGAUCUUGCAGAGCUGAGUUAUCUCAAUGAGCCUAGUGUGUUACACAAUCUUAAGCGCAGGUACCAGAAUGGAAGGAUAUACACGUACUCGGGGCUUUUUUUGCUUGCAAUAAAUCCGUACAGGGGCCUGAGGAUCUAUGGAGAAAAAGAUGUGAAGAGAUACACAUUAAGCAAGAAGUACGAGCUUGAGCCACACAUAUUUGCGAUUGCAAAUGAAGCAUACAGACUGAUGGUGUCGAAUGGAGAGAAUCAGUCGAUCUUGAUUACUGGAGAAUCUGGAGCAGGAAAGACAGAGAAUACCAAGAGGGUAGUUGAGUUUCUUGCGAUGGUUGCAGGAUACAGGGGGAUGGAGGUUGAUGUUGACAGGCAAAUAAUAGAUGCGAAUCCGAUUCUUGAGGCGUUUGGAAAUGCACAGACAGUGAAGAACAAUAACUCGAGCAGGUUUGGAAAGUUCAUUAAGAUUAAGUUCAAUGGAGGAAAUAUAUGUGGAGCACACAUUGAAAAGUAUCUUCUUGAGAAGUCUCGGGUGACUGGACAGAAUGUAAAUGAAAGGAACUAUCAUAUUUUCUACCAGCUGCUUGCAAGCUCUGAGGCGAUGAAGAAGCUGCUGCUCCUUGAUGGAGAAGUGAAGGAUUACAGAUAUCUGAAGGGAUCAAGAUACACGAUUCCGGAUGUUGAUGAUGGAGAGGAAUUCAAGAGGCUUGUGGAAGCGAUGGAUGUUUUGAGGAUUGACAAGGACGAGCAGAUGGGAUACUUCAGGAUUGUGUCUGCGAUUCUUCAUCUUGGUAAUAUUGAGUUUGGAGAGAAAGACGGAGUUGCAGAGAUUGUGAAUCUUGAGGUUGCAGAGAAGGCAUGUAGACUGUUGAAUAUUUCACUUGUGGAGUUUAUCAAGAGACUGAUACAUCCGAUGAUUAAGGCCGGCAAUGAGUAUGUGAUGCAUGAAAGGAACAAGGAGCAGGUAGUGAAGAUAGUUGAUGGGCUUUCAAGGAUUCUAUAUGACAAGAUGUUUGAUGGGGUUGUUGAGAGGAUUAACCUGUCACUUAGUUCGAGGCAUAAAGGAAGUUUUAUUGGGGUGCUUGAUAUUGCAGGAUUUGAAAUAUUUGAGAAGAACUCGUUUGAACAGUUCUGCAUAAACUACACGAAUGAGAAGCUGCAACAGUUUUUCAAUCACCAUAUGUUUAUUCUUGAGCAGGAGGUAUACAGACAAGAGGAUAUUGAAUGGGACUUUAUUGACUUUGGACUUGAUCUACAACCUACGAUUGAUCUAAUUGAGAAGAGCAAUCCGAUUGGGAUUCUAAGCUAUUUAGACGAGGAGUGUGUGAUGCCUAUGGCUACUGAGAAGACUUUUCUUGGAAAAUUAUCUGGAAGUGUCAGGCAUAAUAAGUUUGAGGUUGAUAAGAUCAGGGAUGUGUUUAUAUUGAACCAUUAUGCAGGGAAUGUUGAAUAUAGUGUUCAGGAAUGGUUGUCUAAGAACAAGGAUCCGCACUCUGAAGCAUUGACAUCACUGAUACAGACUUCUGAGGAUGGGAUGGUGUCGAAGCUGAGUCUGAAUGAAACACAACUAAAGAAGGGAUUUUUCCGAACUGUCUCUCAGAAGCACAAGGAGCAGCUUGGAUCGUUGAUGCAGCAGUUGCAGGGGACUAAUCCUCAUUUUGUAAGAUGUAUUAUCCCGAAUCUUGAGAAGAGUGGGGAAUAUCUGAGCAAUGCACUUGUGCUUGAUCAAUUGAGAUGCAAUGGAGUUCUUGAGGGCAUAAGGAUCAGUAGACAAGGGUUUCCGUCACGUAUGAGAUAUGAAGAGUUUGUGGGCAGGUACAAGAUACUUAUGGGAAGUGUAGAUGGAGAUGAGUAUCUUGAUGGAGGGAUGUGUAUGGAGUAUUUCAGGAAUGGAUGUCGACAAAUUCUUGAUAGGAUGGGUCUUGGGAGCAAUCAAUAUAGGCUUGGAAUAAGCAAGGUGUUUUUCAGACAAGGGGUUCUUGCAGAUAUUGAGGAUAUGAAAGAAAGCAAGGUUAGUGAGGUAGUGAAGGAGAUGCAAGCAUUGAUAAGAAAGAGACUUGUUCACAGGAGAUACAAUCUUGAGAAGAGGAGAAUGCAUGGAGUGGAAGUGAUACAGAGGAAUGCACGUGUGUGUUGUGAGAUUCAGCGAUGGAGCUGGUGGCGAUUGUAUCAGAAGAUUAAGCCGCUGCUUGAUGUUAAGAAGAAGGAUGACGAGCUGAAGGGGAAAGAAGCAGAGAUACAAGAAUAUGUAAGGCAGUUAGAGAUGGAGAAGGAGCGAGGAGUGAGAAUAGAAGAGAGUCUGAAACGUGAGAUGCUGCGAAGGGAAGAGAUGGAGAAGAAUGUUGAGGAAGAAAAGAGAUACUCUGCUGAGAAAGAAGAAUUGUUGAUGGCAUUGAGAAGGAGGAUAGAUGAACUAGAGAAUGAAGAAAUGGUUCUUAAGGAGACGAAUUUGAAGACAAGACAAGAUGCAGAUGAAAAUAAGAGAAGAGUGGAAGAAUAUAAGAGUGAGUAUGAAAGAUUGUGCAAGAGUAAGGUUCAAGAAUAUGAAGAGAUAGCAAAGUAUAAGAAUGAGGUGAUGAGACAGAUGAAUGUAAUAAGUGAGCAGGAGAGAAGAAUGAUGGAGAUGCGAGAGGAGUUGAUCAGCAAGUCGAGUGAGAAUGAUGCAAGGGUUGAGAGGAUGUUGAAUGAGGGUACAGAAGAGAUUUUGAGACUGGGUAGGAUGAAUAAGGAGAAAGAAGAGGAGAUUGAACAGAUUCGAAAGGAGCAGAGAGAGACAGAGAGAAGUGAAGAGGAGUUAAGGAAAGAGAAGAAAGCGAUUGAAGAAGAGAUUGUGGAACUUCGAAUUGGAUGUGCAAAUGGAUUGAGAUGGAGAGAAGAGCUAAUGGGAAUGAAGAAGGAGCAUGAGAUGAUGCAAAGGAAGCUUAAGGAUGAGGUUGAAGAUGUGCAGUUAGAGAAUGAGCGAUUGGAAGACGAGUUGAAGAAAGAGAUGAAGAAAGUUGAGGAAAUGAAGAGUAUGAGGAAGAAAGCAGUGGACGAGGUUGAUUAUGAGAAGAGUAGAGGAGAUAAGCUUGAGAGAAUGUAUCAGGAGGAAAAGAAGUUACAUGAGGAGGCUGAAGAGCAGCUGCAGAGGGAGAAGAUGUUUAAGGAUGCUACACAAGAGUCGUUAUUAGAGAAGAUCAAGGGGCUUAAGAAGAGUAUGAAGGAGAUGAGUGAGAAGCUGAAAGGAGAAGAGAUGAUGAAUAAGCAGUUGAUGGCUGAGAAGGAAGAUGUGUGUGAGGAGAUAAGGAUGCUGCAACAAUCGAAGUUAGAUGAGAUAUUUGACCGUGAGGCUGGAUUUAACAGUGUAAGGAAGGGUCUGCAAAUGGAGAUACAAAGACUUGAGAGGGAGAAUCAGAAGCUGAGCAUGGAUUUGAUGGAGAUGAAGGCGAUGAAUGAUGUGAGUGAAGAGAGUGUGUCUGGAGCAGAAAAGAUGUAUGCAAUGCUUGAAGAGGAGAGGAAGAAGAGGAAGGAAGUUGAGUAUCAGGUGUCUGAGCAGGAGAGUAGAAAUGUGAUGUUGAGCAGUGAAGUGGAGAUGCUGAAGGAGAUGAUUGAGAUAGAGAAGCGAGGAAGAGAGGAGAUGAUGAAAGACCAGGAGAAGGAUCUGUCUGUGUGCAGGAGUGUGAAGCAAGUAAAGAAAGAGGUUGAUGAGCUGAGCAAUGAGCUGAGUGUGAUAGUUGAUGGGUUUAAUGUACAGUAUGUGAAUGUUUUGAAUGGAUAUAAGGAAGAGGUUAGGAGAAUGGAGAAAGAGGCGGUUGAGAAGGAGAUUGAGAAUGAGAAGAUGAAGAUUGAGGUGAUAGCUAUUGAGGAGAAGAAUGUAGAGAUGAAGAAACAGAUGUUGGAGUAUGAGGCGAGAAUUGAAGAGAAGAGCAGGAUGUGUGAUGCAGCAAUGAAUGAGAUGGCAAUGCAUAAAGAAAAGAGCAGGAUGAUGGAGGAGAGUAUAUGGGAAAAGGAAGAAGAGGUUAAGAGAUAUGUUGAGAAGUUUGAAGAGUGGAAUGUGCUGUUUGAAGGGUUGGUGAGUAAAGUUGAAGAGGAAGUGAAGGCUAUUGAGAAUGCAGAUGAGGAAAGAAGGAAAAUGGCUGAGGAGAUGAAGAGAUGGAAUGAGGAAGGAAAGAGGAGCGUGAGUGUACUUGAGGAGCGAUAUACGAAAGAGAUGAUGGCGAAAGUGAAGGAUGCGAUUGAAGAGGAAAGAAGGAAGAUGGAAUAUUUUGAAGGGAAGCAUUUGAAGCUUUUGAAGAGAUAUGAAGAGAUGGAGGAGAAGCAGCAGAAUCUAAUUGAAAAGCAUGCUCUUGAUGCAUUGAGGAUUGAAAGGUUGGAAGCGGAGAAGAGUGUUUACAAGGAGAAUGAGAUGCGCAAUGCAGGGCUGAUGAGUAUGUAUGAAUCUGAGAUAAACACAUUGAAGCGAUGUACGCGAUUUAAGGAAGAGGUGCUUAUGGGAUUUGGAGGAGCGAACGGAAGUGUUGUUUAUGUGAAUGAUAAGGAGAAGUACUGUGUGCAGGAGCGUAGGAGGAUUGAUGCAGAGCAGGAAAUGCAUAAGAUGAGUGAGGAAAAGCAGGCGCAGAUGGUAGUGAAUAAAAGACUACGAGAGGAGGUUGAGAGACUGAGAGGCGAGAUUGAAGCAAACAGGUUGCAGUCGCUAGAGAUGAAGAAGAGGCAGGGAGUGCAGAUGCUGACGAUAAGUCGCCUUAGCAAGGAGCUUGAUGAAGAAAGGGAGAUGGCAAAGCUGCUCAGGUCACUGAAGUGUGUGUCCAAGAAGGCGCGAGGAUGA